GGGACCUCCCAGGAUGAUUCCACCCAUCGUCGUCGGACGUCAGGCUUUCCGGAUCGUUGCCGAUCGUGUCGGCCGCAAACCGGUAUAUGCUACCGCUGCAAUUGGCAUGACUGCGGGCUGGUUUCCAGACGCGUUCCCGGUUCGAUGGAUUUGGAUAUCAUCUGUAUCUGUCACGGUCAGGAGUCACGUAGUCGUCUGGCUCCGCCAGACACCUACGAUGACAGUACCUGAGUCAGGUAUCUCAGAUGUAUAUAUUCAGGCCUUGCAGCAAGCUGCAAGGCCCCCGACGCCCCGGUUCCCCAGAACAUCAUCUACUUCCUUACUGACCUUUUGGUCUCGUGAUAGUAUCGCAUCUCUCUGGAGGUCCACCGGUCAUCAGCGCUUGCACGUACAGCAUGGUGAGCGACAUAGUUCCGGUUCGCGACAGGAUGAAAAUGUCGACUCGAACAUGCUUUCGAGGAUAGAGGUCAACGUUCCAGAUUCCUCCUCUCUUGCAAGCGAGUCUCGUUCUCGUUUCAAUCUCGAGGCCUUUCGGCGCUUUCCGAAGAUUUGAACGUUCCCGGGAGAGCCAGUUGCGCAUCCCCCCAGCCCGGUAUAGCAGGCUGAUGAGCUAUCAGGGAAACCUACGAAUGUUGGGGAUAUCCAAAACGUAUCCCGCCGGGCCUUCGGAAGGGACCCAUUGACGAUGGAAACCUUCCAAGACGUGGAGCACCCCCAUCCCUUGUGGGAAAACUCCACCGUACUUGGAAGGCUUCCGCUCCUCACUUUAGAUUCCCGAUCC